AUGUCUCGAGAAUAUGCCGUUUUUCAAUGCUACCAGUGCUCAGCCUUCAGCGUUAAUCAAAUCACAAAGAAUCGGAAAUGGAAAUGCAAACUGUGUGGCUCUCAACAAAGCAUUCGCAAGAUAUUUGCUACCUCUCAUCAACCCAAAGAUCUUCGACCUAUCGUCCAACAAUUUAAUGAGAAAAGAGGAGAAAUUGAACAAGAGUUAAUGACGCACAACGAGAGUUUGGAGUCGUCAGCAGCAAACCAUCAUCAUCACGACACAACACCCACAGAUGAUCGAGAAGUCACAUACAAACAAUCAAGCCACAGUAAAUGGGCCAAAUAUGAUCCCAAACAUCAAGGCUCAUCAUCAAAACCUCUCCGAGGACAGCAGUCAGACGAUGGAGAAGAACAAGACGACCCUUCUGUUCAAGUGGUUACUUCUCUUCCACCAAAGGAGAAGAAGAAACGAACAAACAAGUCCAGUUCAAGCACAACAUCCCGAAAGCGAAAAACCAAGAACGAUGAUGAUGAGGAAAAUGAUUACCGAAAUGAUGAAUAUGAUGCCGAGGAUGAUUCUUAUUCCUUCAUCACGCCGUCAUAUGACGACGAGCAUGCUGACCUUGGUGCUCCUCGUCAAAAGAAAACCAAACCAUUGCCUUCCCUAUCAUCAUCAGGAUCAAAUCUUUAUAACGACAGUGACGAUGAUGAUGAAAACGAUAAGAGAAUUGUGCAAUCAUCCAAGCCACUCCCAAAACCUGCCAUCAAAACAACCACAAAUUCGAAAUGGUCCAAAUAUCUAUGA